ACCACGUGACUUUGCGGAAGUCAGAGUAUCAACAACAUGAGCACAUCUUGACCCGCGUCCUGCAAGUAUGCCUCACUGUUUUGCCUUGUUGUUAGUCUUUGGUUGCGUGAAUGAAGUGCUGUGUAAUCAGGGUUCAUGCGGGGCUCAGUCAGAACCCGCCGCCCCGCAGAGAGCAGCCGGCUGCGGCUGUGAGAGCCUGAAGAGAGCCGCUGCUGUGGAGCCUGUGGAGGACGGGACAGAGUCUGCAGAGCCAGCGGACAAAUACUCCAGAAGCGCCAAUGAGAGGCACCCUGAGGCCCAGGGAGAGGAGAAGAAGAUACAAAGUCAGAUGGUGCUGAUUUCUGGAGGAGAGUUCCUGAUGGGAACGGACAACCCAGCCAUCCCUGCAGAUGGCGAGGGUCCUCAGAGGCCGGUGCAUGUGGACUCCUUCUACAUGGACAUCCAGGAAGUCUCUGUCAGACAGUUUGAAAGCUUCGUCAAUGCCACAGGAUACAUUACUGAGGCAGAGAAAUUUGGAGACUCAUUUGUAUUCGAGGGGAUUUUGAGUGAGAGUGUGAAGAACCAAAUCACCCAGGCAGUGGCUGCUGCCCCCUGGUGGCUUCCAGUCAAAGGGGCCAACUGGAGGCACCCUGAUGGUCCAGACUCUGACAUCACAGACAGGCUGGACCAUCCUGUUCUACAUGUGUCCUGGAAAGAUGCAGUCGCCUACUGUUCCUGGGCCAACAGGAGACUUCCUACAGAGGCAGAAUGGGAGUACGCCUGCAGGGGCGGCCUCAAAGACAGACUCUACCCCUGGGGAAACAAGUUGAACCCGAAAGGACAACACUACGCCAACCUCUGGCAGGGGGAUUUCCCAAACCAUAACUCUGGAGAGGAUGGAUACAUCAAAACUUCACCGGUGAUGUCCUUUCCCGCCAAUGGUUUUGGGUUGUAUGACAUGGUGGGGAAUGCUUGGGAAUGGACUUCAGACUGGUGGACUGUGCAUCACACCACAGACCAGCAACACAACCCAACAGGUCCUCCAUCAGGCACCGACAAGGUGAAGAAGGGAGGGUCCUACAUGUGCCACAAGUCUUACUGUUACAGAUACCGAUGUGCAGCCCGUAGCCAGAACACUCCGGACAGCACAGCCUCUAACCUUGGUUUCCGCUGUGCCUCCCAGGAGCAGCGGUGAUGCUUGUUUUAUACACAGGGUCCAUUAUUCCAGCUGCUCUCUAACUCAAGUGUUGAUUGUAGAAUGAACCAAUGAAAGGAAUUUAAUAGAGGCUUUCUUAUGUGCCAUCUCACUGAUGUGAAAUUGAGAAUGUCUUUAUAUUUAUAUUAUAUGACUCUAUAUUUUUACUUAUACUUUUUACACAAGAAUUGAAUAGAAAAGGCAGUUGUUCCUACGUCUCUGUUCUCUUUAUGCCUCUGAGCACAGGUGGAGAGAGCACUUAAUAACUCAAGUCGUUUCUGCUUGGGUCAGAGAACUUUCAGUGGCGUGGUCUUGCAAAUGUCAAAGAAGUCUUUGUAAGUUAUUGUAUAUGUUUUCAUCAGUGGGUCGCUGUAAUUUGGACUGAAUGUCAAUGUAAACUGUACACUCGAUAUUUAAAGCAAUGCAUCACUGACAGAAUUACCGUUUCUAAAUCAAGUAGUCAUGCUGUGUUACCGUGAAUUUGUUUAGAAAACGGUGUUUUUCUCGCAUGCCUCCACGGAAAAUGGUUAAAAUACUUAUUUAUUGGUUGACUGGGGACCACUUAUCAAAGGUAAAGCUAUAUCAAAACAUCCAUUUACACACUCUUACACAAGUCUUGCAGCAUAAUCCAAGUCUCGUUUAACUAGCUGAAUGCACAAUACUUCCCACAUGCAUUUUAGAAAAAAAAAACCCUCAGUAUUGGAGUCUGACUUUGAAGAGAACAUAGAUAAGUUUCACUUAGGAAGUAAUGAGCAAUACGACUGGAUAAAUGAGACUUGGCUUAUACAGCAUGAGUUGUGAAAAAGUUUGUAAAUGUAUGUUUUGAUAUAGUUUUGCUGUUGUUAUAAACAUGGUCACCAAUCAGUUACUAAAUCAAUAUGUUAGCCUUUUUCUCUUGAGGCAUGUGAGAAAUACUGUGAAGCAUUGCUGGGGAGGUGGCCCCUGUGACCUGGCCCCAGAUGAGUGGAUGAAAGUGGAUGGAUGGGUGGGUGAAUGGCAUGUGAGAAAAUCAAAGUUUUCAUCAUGAAUUCAAGGUAACAUGGCAUGACUAACUGAUAUACAUAUGGUCAUUUAGUGGGUGAAGUGUUCCUUUAAUGAUGAAGUGGAAUUGCUGUAAAAUGACCCUGCUGUGGGGAUUAACAAAGAGAUUAUUUCAUCUUAAAAGUACUGUAAUAUAGUUUUGACCAAAGCUGAUAAAUUUUGUGACAAAUGGGAAUUUAAA